AUGAGAGGGAUAUGUAAUGACGCGGAGUUAACAUCAGUUAACUGUUCCGCUAAAAGUGAUUCAAUAGCUUUAACUGAAAAUCAGACAAACGUACGAUUGCUGACACUAUUGAAGACAAUGUGUCCACAUCUUUAUGAAGCAAAAGAAGCCGUUUGUUGUGACGAAUUUCAAUUGGAAAGUAUGUUCAUAACUGUCUACAAUUUGGCGCACCUGGGCUUCAAUCACUGUCCCUCAUGUCUUAAGAAUUUAGAAAAGCUUUUUUGUCAAAUGAAUUGUUCUCCAAAACAAAAUCAAUUUAUUAGUGUCACCAAAAACAAACAGACCAACUCUGGUGAUGAUUUUCGCGAUCAAAUUGAUUAUUAUAUAACAGAUUUGUCAGCUCAAGAAUUGUUUGAUUCGUGCAAAUAUGUCAACAAUUUUGAGGGCAGAGUUGUUGACUCUACUUGUGGUGGACUUAAAGGUGAUGAUUGCAAAGCUAGUGAUUGGCUUAACUUUUUGGGUAAUAGUAUUGAAGUGAGUGGUGUUUCUCCAUUUAAAAUUAAUUUUCAUUUAACAAAUCAAAAGAUUAUAACUCUCGAUAAUAAGUCAUUUGAACCUUUAAAUCAAACAUUUGUCAAAUGUUCAGAAAAAGCCACAAAAGAUUUAGAGGCCUGUGAUUGUCAUAAUUGUCAUCAGUCUUGUAGUGGUAAUGCUCUCAAAAGAGAUGUAAGCUUUGAACGCUCUAAAAGAGAUACAGAAAAAUGUCUAAUGAAAGGUAUUUGUGGUGAAACAGCAUUUGGUGCCAUUCCUUGUGUUGUCGAUGAAGAGCCCACUUCCAUAUCAAAUCCAAUCGCUUUGGAAGAAUUAAAAGAAAUGUGUCCACAUUUGGCUACUAGUGAUAGUCCCAGUGUUUGUUGUAGUGAACAACAGGUUAUAAGAUUAAAUCAAACAUUUGAAAUGCUAUCCAUGUUUUUAAAGGAGUGUCCGACAUGUGUGCGAAACUUUGAAAAAAUUAUCUGUCAUUUGUCUUGUGGUAGAGAUCAGCAUAACUUUAUGAAAGUCACCGAAACAAAGACCAAUGAAGAUGGAAAACAAAUGGUUUCUGAAGUUCAAUACUUUGUAAAUGACGAUUGGGUUAAAGGUAUAUAUGAUUCAUGUAAAGAAGUACAUCGUUUGGGAUUUAAUGUAUUGGAUCACUACUGCAAACCAUUUAAAGCCGUUGAUUGUAAUCAUCAAAGAUUUUUGCAGUUCAUCGGUGGUAAUGCAGAACAUUUCGGUCACAGCCCUUUUGAAAUCAAUUUUAUCUUCACUAACGAUGAUUCAGUUGUUUCCGAUGGCGUCACUUAUAUUCCAGCAAAACAACCGUUUUAUAAAUGUUGGGAUAAACUGCAUACCAAUGAAGAUGUCUGUCCGUGUAUUCAUUGUCAAGAGUCGUGUAAAGCGGGAGAAGUCAGAGAAAUUAAAAAACAAUUGCCUAAAGCUAUAUCCAAAACUAAGAGAUCAACUAAUUAUCAACAAAAUAAUAUUUUCAAUAAUUAUUUGGAGACAAUUGUCUACAAUCUAACAGAUUAUCAUUUAUACUUAAAUGAUGAUAAAGAUGAUAAUGAUAAUUGGUCAAAAGCUGAUCACUUGUUGACCUGUUGUCAACCCAGUUAUAUACGAUAUAUGCAUUCAAUAUUCAAAGCAAUGGACAAAUUAGGUUUCGGUGAGUGUCCCUCUUGUAUGCAUAACUUAAGACAAAUUGUAUGUCAGUUCUCGUGUUCACCAAAACAAAACCGUAUGAUCAGAGUAUUGGACACAACAAAGUUGGAUUCAAUUGAUGUGAUCGAUCACUUGGAGCUUUACGUUGACUCUAAUUUUGCACAAACCUUAUAUGAUUCGUGUAAAUCACUAUUCAAUGGCACUUUAAUCAACUCUGUGUGUGGAAAGUGGGGUCAUAUAAAUAAAUGUUCGGUUCGUAAAUGGUUUGACUUUAUAGGACUGUCCUAUAAAAAGGGAGGAUAUUCACCGUUUCAAUUGGAUAUUAAGAUGACUAAAACAAAUAAUAUAAUCAUAGAUAACUAUGUUUACCAACCCAUCAAUCAAACAGUAUUUGAAUGCAAUGAAUCGCCUAUUAUUGGCACCAAAUCAUGUUCCUGUCAUCACUGUCCACAGGCCUAUUUACAAUCAAUUAGAGAAAUGAAUGAAACGUUUGAAUCGUUAGGUUUGAGUAAUUGGUUACUGAAAUCAUUGAAAAGAUUAGGUAUUGAAAACCCGUCGACCAUUCAAAGUGCGGCCAUUCCGUUGAUAUUAUCACCGAAACGAUUGGAUGUUUUUGGUUGUAGUCGUACUGGAAGUGGAAAAACUCUGGCGUUUUUGUUGCCCAUUAUUGAGCUCUUGGUUCGUGACCCCCGACCGUACUUUGCAUUGAUACUGUCGCCGACCCGCGAGUUGGCCCAUCAGAUAAACCAAAUGAUUUUAGCACUCACGGCAUCCACUUAUGCCGUCAAGAGUUUGCUAGUAAUCGGCGGCGAAGACCAUGAAGAGAUACAGGGUUUAUGGUUUGGUAAACCAAACAUUGUUGUGGCCACACCGGGACGUCUUGUCGACCAAUUUUACAACAGAAACUUUUUGGAUGUUUGCGGACAAAAGACAUCCAUCAGAUUUGAUUGUCUGGUUCUCGAUGAGGCCGACCAACUCAUUAGCUCUGGAUUUGCACAACAAAUUAAGGAUAUCUUGUCAUUCAUGGAUGGAAUGUCAGCAAAGGUUAAUCAUAAGAGACAGACACUUCUGUUUAGUGCUUCUUUGACUACAGCUCUUGAAGAGUUACAAAAAUUGAUUGCAAAGAAAUCAACUGAUGAAAAGCCAGUAGUUAUCAACCUUUUACCGACCAUUGAUGACGUUAAACGUGAAUUGGCUACAAAUGAAGAACUGGAUCAACGAUACAUAUUAUGUCCCGAAUCUGUUAAAUUUGUUUAUUUGAUUGAAUGCAUUCUUGAUUUAUUAUUUCGACAAAUGAUUAUAUUUUGUUCGACGAAGAAGGAGGCAAAACUCAUCCACAAAGUAUUGAUAUCUUUAGGCUUUGAUGGACCAGAUUUUAAUCUCAAUCCAGUCAUACUUAAUGCAGAUAUGAAACAACACUUGAGAUUUGCAGCCUUUGAAAAGUUUCGUUCAUUGAAAUCAAGAAUACUAGUGACCACUGAUAUAGCCAAUCGUGGUCUUGAUUUACCACAAGUAGACCUUAUUAUUAACUAUAACUGUCCAAAGUCUGCCACUGUUUAUGUUCAUAGAGUAGGGCGAACCUGUCGUAAGCCUGACUUCAAACCUGUUGCUAAUAGUCGACAACUUUUAGACGAAAUCGAUGAAACAUACGAUACUAAAAAAGAUGAGAAAAGAUAUAAGAAAUACAAAAGAGAGGGAACUAAUCAAUUGAAGCCUAAGAAAACACAGACACAACUGGCGACCAAAUAUUCAGGAAAAUCAGUUACUUUUGUUACACAAUAUGAUAUCGAUUUGUUUAAAAGUAUUGAAAGCUUUAUAGAAACCAAAAUGAAAGUUCAAGAAAUCGAUGAAAAGAGUGUUUUAUCAAUCAUGAAACAGGUCUCAGUUGCCAUCAAAGAUGCAGAGAUUAGACUUGAACACGAAGAACAAGAGUCACAACAUAUCGAAAAUAAAAAUAGAUUUAAAAAACAUAAAAAUAAAAAACUAAAAAUUUAAUUAAU